AUGGGCAUAGAUCGUGUAUCUUUCGGUACAGAUAGGCUAAAGUUCUACAAGUCUCUUAAAAAAUGGAAACUCACUGAUUUGAUUUUAUGUGUCGUACUAUUUCUUGUGAAUAUUCCUGUGUACUAUCAGAAACCGUUUCAAAGACAAUUCUUUAUUAACGACUUGACUAUUUCACAUCCGUUUGCUGAGGUUGAGAUGGUAAAUAACCAUGCCUUGAUAGUUUACAGUUAUUUCGUUCCAUUUUUUACUAUCAUUCUAUUUUCCUUACUACUAGCAGAUAGCAAGCACAGAUGGUAUUUGAUGUACAUUUCUUUACUUGGGCUUUCUUUCACAUGGAUUUCGACUUCUUUGUUGACAAAUUAUUUGAAAAAUUGGUUUGGUAGACACAGACCAGAUUUUUUGGCUCGUUGUGCUCCCAAGCAUGGUACACCAAAGAACACUUUGGUGUAUGCUAUCGACGUUUGUACAAGUACCGAUUACGCUGUGUUAUAUGAUGGAUUCAGAACCACACCAUCUGGUCACUCCAGUGAAUCCUUUGCUGGUCUAGGGUUCUUGUUCCUAUGGUUAUGUGGGCAAUUGUUGACUGAAUUACCCGAAACGGGCUCUUGGAGAACAAUCGUUGCGUGUUUACCAUUAGUUGGUGCAUCUGUUAUAGCAUUAAGCAGGACGCAGGAUUACAGACACCAUUUCGUUGAUGUUAUGCUGGGUUCUCUACUUGGUAUCUUGGUUGCACAUUGGUCUUACAGAAGAUAUUUCCCUUCAAUCCAUUCCAAACUUCCUUUCAAGCCACUUUUGGACGAUUCUGAUGUGGUGUUGGAGGAAUACUCUCAAGUUCGUUCUUCCGGUACUGAUGAAGAGCUACUUCCAAUUUCUCGUUCAACCAAUAAUAACUAA